AUGGAGCAUUCAUCUGGUUCAGGAGGCCAAAGGUCAUCCAAUUCAUAUGGAACCUAUGAAUCUGCCAAAAAUGGUUCAUCAGCUUCACCAGGCGCUUCCGAGCGCAGGCCAACCGACGACCAAAGCACACCCGGCGAAUCCCAAGGCUAUUCCAAGCGCAGACGUGUGCAAGAACGUCACCAGAACCGUAAACGCGGCCGUACACCUCCCUCCGUCUUUUCUCGUCGUGAUCGUUCCCGCAGCCCUCAAAAUGCUACCCCACACCAUGACUCCCGACGCUCUCGGUCUCCGCUCCCACCUCGCAGCCCUCCGCCUGCCGACGAUGCGCCCAAACGUAAGCGACCCGGUGGCGGCUCUAGAAUAGGAGUGAAUCCCGAGGCGAUGCGUCGUCGACAAGAGGAACGCGACCGACAGCAGGAGGAAGAUGCGGUGCGUAUGUCGCGAGACCGGGGCGUAUCGGACGUGGUGCGACAGCAUUACAAUGCGGUCCCUGAGCGAGGACGGGAGUGGCGCAAGACUGAGAGUAAGAUCAAGGGACUACGCAGCUUUAACAAUUGGGUUAAGAGUACCUUGAUUCAGAAGUUUUCGCCCGAUGAAGACUUCAGUGCGCGGUUCAAUGAUACGAAGGAUUGGGCUGAGGAUAGCGGGGGCCCACCUCCUAUGGAUGAUAAGAAGCUACUUGUCCUUGAUUUGGGCUGUGGAAAAGGUGGUGAUUUGGGCAAGUGGCAGCUUGCGCCGCAGAAGGUUGAUCUCUAUGUUGGACUGGACCCUGCCGAUAUCUCUAUUGAUCAGGCGAGGGACCGGUACCAUACUAUGCGAUCUGGUCGUGGUCAGCGCGGUCGUCGUCCACCUCCGACGCUGUUCCAUGGUGAGUUCCACCCGAAGGAUUGCUUCGGCGAGUCACUGGGUGAUGUUCGGAUCAUCCAGGAAGUUGGAUUUGAUGCGAAUGCUGGCCCGGGUGGAUCUCUGAUGGCUGCGCGAUUCGGUGGAGGUGGCUUCGAUGUUGUCACAUCUAUGUUUGCGAUUCACUACGCCUUUGAGAGCGAGGAGAAGACACGCCAGAUGUUGAGCAAUGUUGCUGGUUGUCUGAAGAAAGGCGGUCGCUUCAUUGGUGUCUGCCCGAACUCGGAUAUGAUCACCACCCGUGUGAGUGCAUUCCAUGAACAACGAAAGAACCGAGAGGCUGCCAAGGCUCCCGAAUUUGAAGGUCCUGAGGAUGGAGAGGUCGAGGAGGAGGAACGGUGCGAAUGGGGCAAUGAUAUCUAUCGUGUCCGUUUCCCUGGAGCUACGCCCGAGAAUGGUGUCUUCCGUCCACCAUUUGGAUGGAAGUAUACCUACUUCAUGCGUGAGGCUGUUGAAGAGGUUCCUGAAUACGUUGUUCCCUGGGAAGCUUUCCGAGCUUUGACCGAGGAUUAUAACCUUGAGCUGCAAUACCGCAAACCCUUCUUGGAUAUCUGGGAAGAGGAGAAGAAUGACCGUGACUUGGGGCCAUUGAGCGAGCGUAUGGGUGUUCGAGACAGGGCUACUGGUGCUCUUCUGAUGAGUGAGGAGGAGAAGGAUGCAGUUAGCUUUUACCAUGCUUUUUGCUUCUACAAGGUCUAA